GAUAUCCUUUCUCAAAAGGUAUACAGCCCGGCAUCGAUCGAGCUACCAGCAGUUUUUAUCGUCAACAUGUCCAAACGAGCCAACGAUCAAAGCGAAGAACGGGCGGCCAAGCAGCUCCGACAGGCCAACGACGGUCAACCGACGCAGAAGGCCGAUGAUGAGGGUAUGGGCGAGUUUGAGGAUCAGUGGGGUGAUGAAGAGGAGAGCGAUGGCGAGGUGAUCGAGCACGAUGUCGUCGAGGACGACGAUGUCAAUGGGGACGAAGACAUCGAGAUGAUUGGUGCGAUCGAGGAUGAGGAAGCGGAACCUACUCAGCCGGAAAAGGAACCUUAUAUUCCCGGCGUCUCUCGUCCUCUCACCGCCGAAGAGAUCCUCGAGCCCGAUUACUCGGUUUACCAGGCUCUGCAUCAGCUCGCCUACACCUGGCCUUGUCUCUCGUUUGACGUGCUCCGGGACGACCUCGGUUGGGAGAGGAACAAGUUCCCGCACACCGCCUGGGUCGUUGCGGGGACGCAGUCGGGGCAGGACGGUUCGAGCGACGGAAUGGGAAAGAGCAAGGAUGAGGUGGUCGUCAUGAAGUGGGGGGGUUUAAGCAGGACCCGGGCAGAAGAGAGUGACGACGAGGAAGAGGACGAGGAUGUUGACGAUUACGACGAGGACGCUCAUCUCGAGUUCCUCUCCAUCCCCCAUGUCGGCGGUGUUAACCGAAUCCGAGCCCAAAAGCAACCGAGCUCCACCGGUCUACCUGCGUCUGGGACGCCUUACCACGUCGCCACCAUGGCGGAAACGGGUAAAGUCCACAUCUUUGACGUUCGACCGAUGAUUGAUCAGCUCGCGAGCCCAUCGACCGCCCUGCCCCGAACGGAUAAAAGCAAGCGUCCCAUCCAUACCAUUACCAACCACGGCAAGAACGAAGGGUUUGCGCUCGACUGGUCCCCUGCCUCUAGCUCGACCUCGGAUCUCAAACUCUUGACCGGAGACAUCGCUUCCCAGAUCUACCAUACCUCCUUGACCCCAACCGGGUUUACCACUCAACCCAAACCUUUCCUCUCGCAUACCUCGUCGAUCGAAGACCUCCAAUGGUCGCCAUCAGAAAGCACUGUAUUCGCCUCGUGCUCGGCUGACCGAAGCGUACGGGUAUGGGACGUCAGGGUCAAGAACAGGAAGAGCGUGACCGGGAUAACCGAGGCGCACGACGAGGAUGUCAACGUGAUCAGCUGGAAUACCGGCGUCGAAUACCUGUUGUGUUCGGGAGGAGACGAGGGUGGGAUCAAGGUGUGGGAUCUGCGAAACUUGAAAGGAGGCCUCGCACAACCUGCACCGGUCGCUCACUUUACAUGGCACAACAAGCCCAUCACGUCGAUCGAGUGGCACCCGACCGAUACCUCAGUCUUGGCUGCAGCUUCAGACGAUGACUCGGUCUCGCUCUGGGAUCUCUCUGUCGAAGCCGAUGAGGAAGAGGCCGCUACCAAAAAGCUCAACGAGAGCAACGGCGGGAUCGUCGUCCCCCCGCAACUGCUGUUCGUCCACCAGGGGCAGAAGCACAUCAAGGAGGUGCACUGGCACGCUCAGAUUCCUGGUAUGGUGUCGACCACGGCGGCGGAUGGUUUCAACAUCUUCAAGACCAUCUCGGCCUAGGACUGGUGAGCUGUCCUUCCGGAUGGAUGCGGUGUAACGGACGUGGAUCUUCAGGGCGUGUCAUCAAUGUUAAUAUGUAUCUUUACCCAUGUCAUCAUAUAGCUAGCCGGCUCGAUCGAACUUUGUCAUAUCGAGACACGAUAACAAGGCGACUCGAUGUUAAAAAGAGUGGACGAUGUAUGAUGUGGCUGAACAUCCAAGAGCACGGCUCGAUUGACAUGCACUGCAACUCGGCACGAUGGGAAAACUACGGAAAGUUCGAAAAAUCUAAACCUAAACCAUCUGGCCUGCUACUGGUUGACGUUGCGAU